CUUGAGUCAAAUAACAGUUUCAGUCUCUACGUGUUUCUUUCACUCACACAUGACGUGACCAUCACACCAUCACAACCAACUAGUCACUGUCACUCACACCUACCCACCGAUCGGAAAAACCCGUCUCACCGGCGAUUUUAGGGUUACGAAUGGCGGAGCACCACCGGAAGCUCACACUGGAUCGGAAUUGGCUUGUAGCCAGGUCCACGGAGGUCGAAUUCACCGGCACUCAGCUCACCACCACUCACCCUCCAACUUCCCCCUCUUCCCCAUGGAUGCAAGCUCUCGUUCCUGGAACUGUUCUGGCUACCUUGGUGAAGAACAAUCUCGUGCCUGAUCCAUUUUAUGGACUUCAAAAUGAAGAAAUCAUAGACAUUGCUGAUUCUGGAAGAGAGUACUACACAUUCUGGUUCUUUACAACUUUUCCCUGCAAGCUUUCAACUAAUCAGCACUGUGAUCUGAAUUUUCGUGGAAUCAAUUACUCUGCUGAUUUGUAUUUAAAUGGCCACAAGACGAUCCUACCGAAAGGGAUGUUUCGAAGGCACUCUGUUGAUGUAACUGAUAUUCUUAAUCCUGAUGGUGAUAACCUGCUUGCUGUUCUUGUUCACCCUCCGGAUCAUCCUGGCAGAAUUCCUCCUGAGGGGGGGCAAGGCGGUGAUCAUGAGAUAGGAAAGGACGUGGCCGCGCAAUACGUUGAAGGUUGGGAUUGGAUGGCUCCUAUAAGAGAUAGGAAUACUGGAAUAUGGGAUGAAGUUUCCGUUUGUGUUACUGGGCCUGUAAAAAUAAUUGAUCCCCACUUGGCUUCAACAUUUUUCGACGAUUAUAAGAGAGCAUAUCUACAUAUAACAACUGAAUUGGAAAACAGGAGCUCCUGGACUGCUGAGUGUUCUUUGAGUGUCCAAGUGACAAUGGACCUCGAGGAUAGCAUUUUCUUAGUAGAGCAUCUUCAAAUUCAAACUCUCUCAAUUCCUGCAAAAUCACGGGUGGAAUAUACAUUUCCCGAGCUUUUGUUCUACAAACCCAAUUUAUGGUGGCCCAAUGGAAUGGGUAAGCAAUCUUUGUACAAUGUUGUGAUUAGCGUCGAUGUUAAAGGAUUUGGUGAGUCUGAUUCAUGGAGCCAUCACUUUGGAUUCCGCAAAAUUGAGAGCCAUAUUGAUGAUGCUACGGGUGGAAGGCUGUUUAAAGUCAAUGGAGAACCCAUUUUUAUUCGAGGGGGUAACUGGAUAUUGUCUGAUGGGUUACUGCGGCUUUCGAAGAAGCGAUAUAAUACAGAUAUCAAGUUUCAUGCAGAUAUGAAUUUUAACAUGAUUCGUUGCUGGGGUGGUGGACUGGCAGAAAGGCCAGAGUUUUAUCAUUAUUGUGAUUACUAUGGCCUUCUGGUUUGGCAAGAGUUCUGGAUUACUGGAGAUGUUGACGGACGUGGUGUCCCAAUAUCUAAUCCAAAAGGUCCGCUGGAUCAUGACCUUUUCUUGUUUUGUGCCAGAGACACAGUCAAGCUUCUAAGAAAUCAUCCAAGUCUUGCCCUUUGGGUGGGUGGAAAUGAGCAAAUUCCACCAGAUGAUAUAAACACUGCUCUGAAGUAUGAUCUGAGGCUGCAUCCUUAUUUUGAAAGUACAGAUGAACAUAGCAAACCUGUAGGAGACUUGUCCCCAAUGUUGAGAGAUCCCAGCCAGUACCUUGAUGGCACACGCAUUUACGUACAAGGUUCAAUGUGGGAUGGGUUUGCUGAUGGGAUGGGAAACUUUACUGAUGGUCCUUAUCAAAUUCAAUAUCCUGAAGACUUCUUCAAGGACUACUUCUAUAAAUAUGGAUUCAAUCCAGAGGUUGGUUCUGUGGGAAUGCCAGUUGCUUCUACCAUAAGAGCAACAAUGCCUUCAGAAGGAUGGAAGAUACCAGUGUUUAAGAAACUUUCCAAUGGAUAUGUAAAAGAAGUUCCAAAUCCCAUAUGGGAAUACCAUAAAUACAUUCCUUAUUCAAACCCUGACAACAGUGACAAGGUUCAUGAUCAGAUUCAACUUUACGGUGAUGCAAAAGAUCUUGAUGAUUUCUGUUUGAAGGCUCAACUUAUUAACUACAUACAAUAUAGAGCUCUUCUGGAGGGAUGGACUUCGCGUAUGUGGACUAAAUAUACAGGUGUAUUGAUAUGGAAGACACAAAAUCCUUGGACUGGUCUUAGAGGUCAAUUUUAUGAUCAUCUACUUGACCAAACAGCUGGUUUCUAUGGUUGUCGAUGUGCUGCAGAACCAGUUCAUGUGCAGCUUAAUCUGGCUACAUAUUUUAUAGAGGUUGUUAAUACUACAUCAGAACCAUUGUCUGAUUUAGCAAUUGAAGUUUCAGUGUGGGAUUUGGAAGGGACACGCCCAUACUACAAGGUACGUGAAAAUCUCUUUUUGCUGCCAAAGAAAGUAGCACCCGUAGGCCAGAUGAAUUAUCCCAAGUCAAAAAAUCCGAAACCAGUCUACUUUCUUCUUCUCAAACUCUAUGACAUGUCUGAUCAUAGAAUUAUAUCUAGAAACUUUUAUUGGUUGCAUCUUUCUGGUGGAGAUUACAAGUUAUUGGAGCCAUAUAGGACUAAGAAAAUACCUCUCAAGAUAACAACGAAGGUUUUGCUUGAAGAAUCCACUUAUAAUAUUCAAGUGCAUGUGACGAACACUUCGAAAAGACCAGACUCUGAAAGCUCUACAUUUGAGCACAGUUCAAGAGCUAUGCUAGACUCAAUGGAAACUGUGCAUUCUGGGGCUGCAAAAGAACAUGACAGUGGUUGGUUCAAGAGGAUUAUACACAGAUGUUUUGCUGGGAAAAGUGAUGGCUUGAAAGUUUGUGAAAUAGAUGGACAUGAUGUAGGUGUUGCUUUCUUCCUUCAUUUUUCUGUUCAUACUUCAAAGAAGGACUACAAGGAAGGAGAAGACACAAGAAUUCUUCCUGUUCAUUACUCAGAUAACUACUUUUCACUGGUCCCAGGAGAGACCAUGCCUGUUAAUAUAUCCUUUGAUGUCCCUCAGGGUGUCACUCCUCGAGUUGUUCUGCAUGGCUGGAAUUACGAGGGAGGACAAACCAUUCUUGAAGUUGUGUGAUAUAGUCGCACUCAACCUUGUAAAAUGAAAAAGUCUGUUAAUAAAUAAAUGCACGAGGAAGAGAUACCCUUGCAAUAAUCUCUGUAAUUGCAUGUUAAUGAAAAUAAUUUAAAGUGUGCAUUUCCAA